AUGUCAGCGGUCCCGCUGCGGGGUCACAAGCCGCCGCAGGUGGACCCGCUGACGGCCCACCGGGCCGACCCGCAGUGCUGGGACUCCUCCUCGGCUCUGCUGCUGGAGAUGCGGUCUCCCAGGAUAGCCGACACGGUCCCCGCCUUCUGGGACCUGAUGGGGACCCUGCGGUCCUCAGAGGACGGGAAACACGCGGCGCUGUUCUGGGACCUGGCCCGGGUCUUUUGGGGGAUCUACGUGGAAUGCGUGAUGUCCAGGAGCCACGGCAUGGGGAGGAGACACGUCACCUCUGUGCACUCCCUGAUUACUGACAAGUCCUUCAGGUUCAACAGCACGAGAGCAAACUCCUGGACAAAGCUAACAGUCAGAGUGAGACGCAGAGGACAUAUCACCACACUGAAGACUGAACCCAAAUAAAACACAAAAUGUCUCUGAGGGUUUCAGCU